ACAUGGCGCUGUGCUGUGCAAUCAGUAAUGAGGUUCCAGAACAACCAGUCAUUUCUUCAGCUUCUGGCCACAUCUAUGAAAGGCGGCUGAUUGAAAAAUAUAUCAAAGAAAAUGGAACAGAUCCCAUGAAUGGGGAAAAACUGUCUACAGACAUGCUGAUGGAGAUCAAAGCUUCCCCUCUUGUUAAGCCAAGACCUGCAUCAGCAACAAGUAUUCCAGCCAUUCUUAAAUCUCUUCAAGAUGAAUGGGAUGCUGUCAUGUUACACAGUUUCACAUUGAGACAGCAGCUUCAGACAGCCAGACAAGAAUUGUCUCAUGCUCUGUACCAGCACGAUGCUGCUUGUCGUGUCAUCGCUCGUCUCACUAAGGAAGUCUCCGCUGCCAGAGAAGCCUUGGCUACUCUGAAACCUCAGGCAGGCGUGGCUGCUCCAGGAUACACAGCUCCUCCCCAACAACCAGCAUAUGGAGCAGAAGCCAAUCCAGAGGCUGCCCAACAGCCAAUGGAGGAGGCAGGCAUGAGUGAUGAGGUUCUACAGAAGCUGCAAGACAAAGCUACCCUACUUACAGCAGAACGAAAAAAGAGAGGUAAGACUGUUCCUGAAGGUUUGGCCAUUGUUGAAGACAUCAAGACUUACAGACAGCUGGCUUCCCAUACAGGAUUACACAGUGCUAGUGUGCCUGGAAUUUUAUCUCUCGAUGUGUGUCUGAAGGAUACAUCCAAAAUUGUUACUGGUGGAAAUGAUAAAAAUGCUGUGGUAUUUAACAAGGAUACAGAACAAGUCAUGGCCAUUCUCAAAGGUCACACAAAGAAGGUUACCAGUGUUAUUUAUCAUCCAGAAGAGGAGUUGGUAUUCACUGCCUCCCCUGACUGUACCAUUCGUGUGUGGGGUGUACAGACAGCCCAGUGUGCCCAGGUCAUUAGAGCUCACGAGGCUCCUGUCACAGGCAUCAGUCUCCACGCUACUGGUGACUACCUUCUCAGCUCAUCCACAGACAUGCACUGGGCAUUUUCAGAUCUUCGUGCCGGCAGAGUUCUCACCAAAGUCAAUGAUCCAGCUUCUCAACAUGCCUUGACAUGUGCACAGUUUCAUCCUGAUGGUUUGAUCUUUGGCACUGGCACAGAGGACUCUAUGAUCAAGAUCUGGGAUCUGAAGGAGCGAGCCAAUGUGGCUAACUUCCCUGGUCACCAGGGUCCCAUAACAAGCAUUGCUUUCUCAGAAAAUGGUUACUACUUGGCUACAUCUGCGGAGGAUUCUGUUGUCAAACUUUGGGAUUUGAGAAAAUUGAAGAACUUCAAGACUUUACAACUUAGUGACAAAUAUGAUGUGAGGUCACUGUCCUUUGACCAGAGUGGUACCUACCUUGCUGUUGCAGGCACUGAUGUCAGAGUUUACCUGUGUAAACAAUGGCAAGAUCUGGUGGUGUUUAAUGACCAUACUGCGACAGCGACUGGUGUUAGAUUCGGACACAAUGGUACCUUCUUAGCAUCAGCCAGUAUGGAUCGCUCACUCAAAUUCUUUGGCAUACCAUGAGAAUCACAUCAGAAUAUGGCUAGCUGUGGGUGUAAAUAACGGAAAGAAAACAAGAGGUCAAUGGUAACUGUACAAAGACGACUGGAGAGAUAUUAGGCCCUACUAUGUGUACAUAAUGAAUUAAAGGAAAGGUGUCGAGGGCCUACAGAUUCAUAGCACAGACUAAUACUACAGCAGAAUUAUUUCACUAAAUGCUUUAGCUCUAAUACAGACUUGAGGAAAAAGAUAUCUUAUUUUGAAAAUAUUGUAGUGAUCAUUGGUGUGUGAUUUAAUGUCAAGGUUGGUAGCUUCAAAAUAUCUUACAGUGCAGCUUUUUACUGAAAAAAAACCCCAUUUUUUUUUCAAAGAAGUAGAUAUGUAUUAUAUAUCUGACAUAAUUAAACACUGAACAAAUUAUGAACUUCAAAUUAUACAAGAAAAAAAAACAAUUUCUGAAUGUAUUGAUGUAGUUUCUUUACCUGAUGUGACUGUGCUUUGAAAAUUAAGUAUCUCCAGUCUGAAUCAUCUUUUACCCUAAAUUGUUCUUCAUUACAAGAAGAACAGAUUGUAUAUAUCUUUCUGUAAGUUACUUACAUAAGAUAUGAAGAGCCAAAAAUGAAUUCUUUGUAUUAUUACACUACGUCCCAUUCUUAAUAUAGAAAGAAUCAAGUUUUACUGUUAUAAUAUAUUGUUUUAUAGACUAAAAUGAUUUAAAACUUUGAAAGACUGGGAAAACUUUUAUGUCAUUGCAUCUAAGCAAGUACUUUAAUAUGCUGGAAGAAAGAGAAAAUUCAAGAUGACAUUCAAUAUCAGUUAUCAUAAAGCCAUAAAAUCACUAUUAAAGUUUUACUCUCACAAAUAUAAAAAUAAGAACUGAAAGGAAACCUGAGGCUAUUGAUGUAAAACAUCUACUUAAAAAAUAAAUCACUUCUAUUCUUGGUUCAUUUUCCCGUCUAUUACUUCUAACCAAAUUAUUAAUGAUGUUCUAUAUGUGGUACCUUUCUCUACACAAAACCUGAGGUCCUGGGAUAGAUAUGUUUCUGUCUCAUCAGCUGGUUUAUGAUUUGAAAAUAUAGACAGGCAAUGCUAAAAGUACUGAUGUAUAUAGGUAGUACAGUAUUUGUCUGAAGACAAGGACUCCAAACGUUCAUGAACUUCUUUGAUUGCCAGUAUGGUUAGAACUUUAGAGGUAUACUUCUUUGUACUUUGAAACAGAAUGUCAAAUCGAUAUAUUAACAUAAUUACAAGGUUUUUAUGAAAUAGAAUUGGUCUGAACAUGACAUGAAUUGGUUUAUCAAGAACAUGCAUCCUGUAUAUCUGUGUGUUUUUUGUACAAUCUUCCCUGUGGACAUCUGCUGAUGUUGAAAUGUGUAUUCUUGAUAAUACAACUUGAUUAAUCUAGAAAGUGGUAUUUUAAAAGGAAAUAUUAGUAGAAUGGUGCUUUGAAAUUUCAACAAAAGACAAAAAGGGCAGAUGAGGGGUUGGCGGGGAACAAUGCGCUGAUGUAUCUUUCCUAACCGGUCAUUUUUAUUCUUUAGCUGUGGAGAAUUAUCUUAAUAGUGAUGGUGAUUGAGAAUUAUUCACUGUUUCACAAUAAACAAACACCAUGAUGAAUGUUUAGGUAUAUGUAUUUUUGUUGUUGUUGUGUGUUUAAUCUCAUACUUUGAUCUACAUUUUUAGAAAGGCUUUACACUUAAUGUGAAUUAUAAAAUUUGUAAGUAUCCAUAAAAUCUCUCCCAUACUGUAAUUUAUGUUCCAUGCUUAAUCUAUUUUUUGUAACUAAUUGUAAUUACCCAUUAGUGCAAUGGAGAAAAAUGUAUUCUCAUUACAGGGGAGUGGUAAUCUACUGAAAGUUAGGAAUGAAUGAAUUUGAGUAACAAAUUAAAUUUAAGAUAAAGGGUACAUUGUGGCAAUUAUAUUGAUGAAGGCUUCAAAUUGAACUGCUGGUUUUUCAGACAGUUUGUCCCCUUAUUUGGUUUGUUAGAGAUAAAAAUUUUUGCAAGGCUCUAAAAGGAACGAAAAAUAUCGUGACAAGUUUUAUAAAUCACAGGUCAAAUGAAGCUGAACUUAGAUCGUUUUUAUCAGUUGGUUGAUUACUCAGACAAAUAUUGCAGAAAAAGGACAAUUCUAAAUAUCUAUGGUCCCUAUUGAUAAGUUACAGUGCAAGCUGUGGUAGUCAUUUCAAUAUCUAUAGAUGAUAUCACUCUAAGAUAAACAUUUAUUUCAUAGGUAUAUUUGUUGGAUAACAAGGCCAUGAUGCAAUAAAAAAAACUGCAGUAUUUUUGUCUGAUUUUGUAACCACUGUUAUUUCAAUCUUUAUAUUGAAAGAUGAAUCACAGAUGAUUUUUUUAAGAAUGUGUAGAAAGUAUAACCUGAUGGUACCCUUUACCUUAAAAUUGAAAGUUGAGCAUAGAAUUAUGGGUUUGAGCAUGAACAAUAUCAUCUAGGAAACUCUGUGGUGUUGAUCGAUAAUAUUAUGGUCAGAAUGUCAGAUUUUCACAUUUACAUUAAAUGAUCAUUUUCCCAUUUUCAUAUCAUUCAUCAUCUGUACAUCUUCAAAUGUGAGAACUUAAAGCCCCAAUAUAUGCAUCAGUUGCCCGAUUUUCCAAAUAUGGCAAUGAUCAUAAAUUCAGUCGUGGGCAGUUCAAAAUGGAGACUUAUUGAAAAUGAAUGAGUUCCAACUGCCGUUGUAUAAAUACCAACACACAAUAUCGUCUCGAGUAUUUCUGAGAUAUGUCAAUUUUGAAUACAUCUAUAUAUUAGUAAUUUCUCAUCAGUUCAUUUUAGUGAAAGUUGUAUGUAUUGGGACUUUAAGUGUGCUUCAAAAAUCAAUAAAUUUGUA